GCAAUUUCAGUUUGGUGUACUCCGUAAAUAUUGCAUUGCCUGUCUCUGGUUCUUUUUAUCCUCCACAUCACCCGCCCAACAAUCACCUCUCUCUGAUUACUUAUCCCCCGCCCACACCAUCCAUCCCUCACACGACACUUUGGAAAUCUAGAGGACGAUAUUUUUUUUCUCUUUUCUUUUCUUUCUCAACCGAGGACUACUGUAAUUACCUGCAGAACCAUCGCAGUCAAGGAGCAGACCCCGGAUACCUUGACAGCAAGCCACUUUAGCUUACCACAUUCAGCCCUGGAAGAUCAGAAAACGCCACAGCCGUUGUUCUCGCGUUCCCCCGCCUCGAUAGUGUUGUAUUGCAAAGCUCCGCUACCCCGAAUCGCAGGAGCCUACGGAUCAGUUUGAGAUAGACCAAGAGGCACAACCACAAGGAGGAAUCGAUUGGAAAAACUCAAAUUAUUACCCAGUUAACCCGCGAUACGUGUCUGGUGCCGAAAGCGUCCUGUUACAACACAUGUCGAUUUUCCCUGGGAGCUUGACCAGCGAUUGCGACCAACAUCUACUGCCGGCCGCCCUACGUCAAUCUUUCGACCCGCCAGGGGCACCUACUGGCCCACACAUCACACGGCGAAAAGCCCUACCAAUUCGCUAAAAUGCCCGGAAUUCUGCCCAUGAAAGUGAUCAAGGUGGGCACGAGCUCACAGAGUCGCAUCGCACAGGCGUGUGAUCGAUGUCGCAGCAAGAAAAUUCGCUGUGAUGGCAUCAGACCAACUUGCACCCAGUGUGCAAAUGUUGGGUUUGAGUGCAAGACGAGCGACAAGCUCAGCAGGAGGGCGUUUCCCAGAGGCUACACUGAGUCUCUCGAGGAGCGCGUCCGAGCGUUGGAGGCCGAGGUUCGCGAUUUGAAGGAUCUACUGGAUGAGAAGGAUGAGAAGAUCGACAUGUUGUCGAGGAUGCACGGUAACAGCAGGAAACAGUCGCAAGGAUUCUCUGCUACGCCUCCUCGAGAUCCAGCCAGGGACGCAUCGGGUAGCCCCAAAAUUAAAGAAGACACAUUCCGAGUCUCGGCAUCGCCUCUAGUCCUAGGAGUUGAAAACUCGGACUCCUACCAAAUGGGUUCAUCUAGCGGGCGUGCUUUCAUUGAGACAUUCAAAAGGAAACUGCUAGAGGCUGGAAAGCCUUGCCCCGACUUCAAUCCAGAGGCUUUCUUACACAUACAAGGCUGCUAUCCUCUCCUGCCACAUCUGCCCAAGGAGGAGCAGUUGGGCGCCCCACCUAGGCUGUUCUCCGAUCGAUGUGUCAAUGUCUUUUUCCAAGAAUGGGCGCCUUUGUUCCCCGUCAUCCACAAGCCUACCUUCCUCCGGAUUUAUGAGGAGUUUGUAACUGACCCGGAAAAGGUGAAGAGCCACCACAAGCUUGCGCAUCUCCAUCUGGUUUUCAGCAUUGCAGCCAUAUCUGGAGAAAAGCCCGACCUGGAUCAGAUUGCCAUAUGUGAGCAACAGUGGUGCAGGUCCCUUGAACUUGUUUUGAUGGACAACACUAUGGCUACGCUCCAGUGUCUCAUACUGGCACUCAUAUUCUGCGCGAUCAGGGCGGAUUACAAGCGUCUCCAGUACUACAAGGGCAUUGCAGUUGGACUGUCUCACAGGCUCGGUCUCCACCAGUGCCAGAAACAGUUUUCGUUUGGGGCACUGACUCUCGAGACGCGGAAAAAGGUCUUCUGGACGCUUUACACAAUGGACUGCUUUACCGCUGCAACUCUGGGCCUCCCGAGGCUCAUGGCCGAAAUCGAUAUACACGCCGAGUACCCUUCCGAUAUUGAUGACGAAUAUGUCACCGAGAAAGGAUUUCAGCCAACACUUCCCGGUGAAUACACGAAAGUUUCGAGCGCCCUAGCGCUGUUUAGAGCAACCCGGAUUUUGGCCAGCGUGUUGGACAAGGUAUACCCAACCACAGCAGCACACGAGCUUUCGUUGCAAAAAAUGGCAGCCCUUGCAGCGGAGUUGAACGAGUGGAACGACAAGCUUCCUCGGCAUCUCAAGCUCACCUUCAAGCAAGAUAAGCCCUCUACCGAUGUUACAGGCAGCCGAUCGCCCCUUUUGGCCUUUGUUUAUUACUAUAUUCGGACCCUCAUCUUUCGGCCUGCCCUGGGGUCAAGCCUGGGACCAAAGGCCGCGUCGGCUAUCAUUGCCGUGGGCGAAUCAAGCAAGCACAUGAUCCAAAUCACCCAGCUCUUGGAAGAAAGAAACAUGUCUUUCUCACUAUGCCUAAACAAGGCGGAUACCCUGAUAUUGUGCGGCAUGGAGCUUCUCUAUCACUCGCUAGAUGUAAAAACAGGCAGUAAAACGAUGCGCGACACCGAAAGCCUGGUCAAUUCGGUGAUCAAGACUGUCGAAACUGCGAAAGCGCCGGGAUCAUAUGACUUUAAGCGGGUUGCCGGCUUGCUGGUCUCGGUUGAUGAGGCAACACAACAACGAGCAGCUCUGCCCACUCCACCAAGCCAUAGCCCCGAGACCACCAUGGCAGCACCUACGCAGAGAUCAUCUCCACAAAUGCCACAACCCGUGAUGCCACCUAGGAACGCAGCAUUUCCACUCGGCCGUCACACUAGCGCCACAAUGAGCGAGACGGAUCUUCUUCCACAGCAGGAGAAAUUGCGAAGACUUUCGAUGCCACAAAGUUCGACACAGCCCGAAUUAGCGCGUACCGACUCGAGAUCUUCCUAUGACGGCAACAGAAGACACGAUGUGAACAAACUGGCGAAGAGAGAUCACCGACUCUCGCUGUCGAUGACACAAGCAAAAAUGAUCACACGAUUGUCCCCGCAUCCUCGAUCAGGUGCCCGGGGCCUUGACUUUCUGCCUCUGGGAGGUCCGAAGCCUCAGCAGCACCAGGGUUCACAGCCUCCAUCGCCAGUGCAGUCACGAUCCCGCCAGCAGGUCCAAGAGCAGUAUAGCCUACCAAGGAAACCAGAGCACAAGAUGCCUAGUUCCGACACAGUAUCGACGACAGCCGAGUGGGAGGCGCUUUUGGGAUCGAUGGAUGGAGGGCAGGUCAACGUUUACGACGCCAUAUACGGCGGGCCCGGCUUAGCAUCUUUUACGGCGACGGAAACUCCGGCGCCAGCAACCUCAGGUGGGUGGUCACCGGACUCUUGGGAUCUUUCGGGGAUUACGAUUGGAGGGACGAAUGGAGGAGAGUUUGAUGUUUCUUCGGCACCGGUAGCUCAAAGCGUCUUGAGCAUCAGUGACGAGAGUCUAAGCUCGGCAGGCGAGGAGCUCGACAUAACUGGUUUGGAUUUUGGCCAUCACCAUCAUAUGGCAUCGACAUCAAUGACGGGUACUUCGGAUGGGUUGAUGAUGGAACCUUUGAAUGGGCGCUUUGGGUUGUGAGAUUUUUCCAUUCUGGUCGGAUCAAGUGAGCCCAAGAUUGAAGCCAUGUCGUUUAUAUCUCGGGUAGCUCAUUUGCCAUCUGUUCUUUGUUAUGCUUCCUAUUUUGGGAUUGCUUUCUUUGGCUUAUUUGUUUGGAUAGCAUGUAUGAUGACUGGGUAUGGGAUGAUGAUAGCGUGGGAGUUUUUUUUUUUUUUUUUUCUUGAUUGUUUUGUUUCUUUGUAUGUGAUGGCUCGGACAGUAUGUUGGAUGAAUAUGUAAC